CUGAACAGGAUGAUGAAACAAUACCUUACGUUACUUUUUUUAUUAAAGAGGAGUCUGCUCCAAAAUAUAAGAUGGUAAUUAUUACUUUAAAAAUGAAGAAACAUUUACUAUUAAGAAAGAACAUAGAAAUAAUGUAAAGCAAGUAAUACCUACGAAACUUAUAAACAGAAAACUAAAUAUGAUGCAUUAGGAAAUGAUAUAGAUUAAAAUAUUUAGUCACAAUGAAAAAUCAAUGUAUCCACAUAAAUUAGCUAUAUUGUGGUAGCUAUUCGUUUUGAAGGGGUUUGAGACAAUUUUAGUUACGAUGGCACAUCACAUUAAUAUAAAAAGCAGGUGUUACCUUGUGCAAGUGUAGCAUAUGAGUUAAAACAAAAAGCAAGCAUUUUAAGUUGUUAACAUUUUUUAAGGAAAUUCAUUUUAAAUAACAAAUCAGCUAUAAUGUUGCAAUUCAAAUUGUAAUUUAUAUAGUAAAGAUGUAACACUUAACAUCAUAUUAUUAAUCAUUUAUUUUUAACGUUAACUGUUUUUUAGUUUGUUGUGUUUUUCUAAUUUGUGCAUGUUUUUUUUUUAAAGAUUAUCUUUUUUCCCCUUUCAGUAUCUGUCCCUAAGCCUUAGAUCUGAAUGUUUUACUGGACAUAAAAGCGCUGACAGUGUGUUGAACUGUAAAAAAAUAAAUGACACGGAAUUUCACAUUACAGUACUAACAAAAGCCCUCUCCAAAUAUAGCGGUGCAAGAGUCAAGGGUUCUAGUGACUCAUAUGAUCCUGAUGGCAAAUCAAUUCAACUUCCACACAGCUAUGGUAAGAAAAUAAGUUAUUAUACACUGAUUAUCUUUUUUUUCCAUUUAAAAAAAAAACAAAAAAAACCCAGAAAUUAACAAUAAACGACUGAUAAAAAAAUAUUAAAAAUAGAGUGAAAAUUGCGUUGCUUUAAAAAAAAAGUUGUUUAUACCUGACAUAUCAGGGCAUCUUUACAGUUCUGGUUCAUAUUGUGUCGGACACAUUUUAAGAAAAAUCUUAAAAACAAUUCCCGAAAUAGGAGUAUACUUUACAAAACUUAAUAACAUGUAAAUACUAAAUACAGUACAGAAAAUAUACCAUCACUGAUAUAUUUUAUACAAAAUAUAUGAUACAUUGUCUAGACUACUUUGACUUUUUCUAGGGUAUCACAGGCCAGCUUUUUUAAGCAGGCAUCACAAUUAAUUAGACUAAUAAAAUAGGUCUCCGUGUUUGACCCAUUAAAAACCCUGGGGCUUGGAGGCACACAACGAGCAGGUGUUCUCCUGCUUCAGUGGCCAUGUUACACGGACGGCAGUUCAGAUCCUUAUGGGUUUAGUCGAUGUAGGUGGCUAAGCAUUGAGCAGCAUCCGAUCACAUCUGUGUAAUUGGUUGGUUUUUUUUGUUGUUUUUUUUUCUCUACCUGCUAGUUUCAAAAAGACAUCGCUCUUACUUGGUCUUGGCAUGUUUCGGUAGAUCUUUUCUGCAUUUCACCUGUCACCCAGCCAUUGAGCCACUCUUCACAAAAGUGGCCUUUGCGCAAAGCCUUGACUCCCAGUUAAGUCAUGGGCCUGUCGUGUUGUGGCGGGGCGGUCAUAUACUAUGUGCCCUCUUAUUCACCUCAACGUGACAAGGGAUCCACUGUAGGAAGACCACAAUGCCACAUGCACUGAUCUCAUCUCCAGAAUCAUAUUGGUCUUACUAGUCUCCGUCAGUUCCUUUCCACGAUUUCAAGAGUAAACUCAGUUCUGCUUCAAUAUGAUUUCUGGUUUUUUUUUGCCACUGGGUCCUGAAAUCUCUUCCGGUGGAUGCAACCUACCCCUCCCCCUUCUUGGUACUCUAUUAGUGCGCUGUAUAGACUUCUGUUCUCAUUUGCAAAACAUGAGCGGUCAGUUAAGACUUAUACCAUUUUGUCUGUAUUAACUUCUAUUGUCUUCAGAGCUUCCUCAUUAUGAGUUGGGGGGAGGGGGGUGAGCUGGCCUUUGUUAAUGGGCCAGUUGCAAGUAACAGACUUUUUGCAGAAAGAUUAAAGCUUUCAUGAUGUGGGCCAUGUGCCGGGAUAGGCCACACUUAGUCAUGACCUAUUGCAUCGGCUUCCCAGGUAGUACAUACCAGUUUUUUUGCUCUAGGAUCUGUUAAGUUAGACUUUUUGGUCCAGUUUUACGCCUAAUUACAUUGGUAUCCUAUCCCAUUUUAGCUUUUACUGCAAAGAGUUAAUUGUACUUCCUGUUUAAAAGCGUUAUUUCCACUUGCAAAUAUGAAGUAGACCAUUUUAUCUGCAUAACAACCAUUUUCCACUUUGUCACAUAUGAUUCUAUUUUGUUUAGAUCCUCCAUUUUUGCAGUUGCUGUAAUUCUGUCCCAAACUCCAUGCCACCAGAUUAUACAAACUGUAUGAAGGUAUAAUUUUGCCUUCGCCAACUGUUUGUUAAGGUUGUAAAAUUAUGCCGCCUGAUCAGGGGAAUUCCAUUUGUCAUUUUGAUAUACCGGUAUGUUAAAAUAAUUCACUACGUUUUAAAAUCAAACUAUGCCUAGGUUUGGAAGUUUAACGAAAUUGUUCAGACAUGAUACUUAUGAAAAAGAGAACCAUGAUAAACGUUUCAUGGUGUUUUAGAAUAGUUUUUUUUUAGUGUUUAAUUUUAAUGCAAUAUGAAUUUGGUAUAAUUUGGAAAAAAAUACAACUUUAAAAAAAUACUCAAAAAAUUCAGCAGAAUAACUUAACAACAAAACAAACAUAAUUAUGAAUUAUUUUUCAAGUUUGAUUUUGUAAGCAACAUAAUGUUAGGGCAUUGUUUUAAAUAUUUUUUUAUGUUUUACAUGAAAAAUAUUGUACUUCAACCCACAUACUAUUUACAUUUGCAUUACCUUUUAGUAUCAAAAGAAAUUAGAGGACGCAUUUUUUAACAGUUUACGUUUUGGCUUGUGAAAUGUUAACACUUAAUAACAAUAGACAAAAUCAAAUUAUUUAACUGUCUUAAAGAAACAUGUUUUUCAGAGUGUGUUUUUUGUCUAUGUAUAUGGAAAGUAUAAAGAAUAUCUCCUUUUAAGCAUUAAUGGAACUAUAUUUUGGGAAUCUAAAAAAAACAACUUGGUCUUGAUGUGGAAUUGGUAGCGUCUUGAAGCUGCCCAAGGAUGUUAGAAAACUCUUUACAACCAUCAUUGCAUAGGGAUCCUUUCCACAACUGUCAUUAGAGCACAUACUUAAAUCACAUCAAUAGCACCCUUAAUCAACAUUUUUUAAAACAUCUAUCAUGGCUUUAUAUUGUAUAUAUUGGGGAAACAAGCUCUAAGUGUGAACUCACAGAAUUCAUACAGUAAUAGUUUAAUGUCUUGUAACCCAUUAAGUGAGCUGGCUAUUACAUGAAUGAACUGCAUAACCGGUAUAGUUGUUUUUUUUUACCCGUGUGGCUAUUAUUAAAGUGCCUUAUUUUAAUAAGCAUUUCUUAAUAAUAUUAAUUUAAUUUUUCCCUAUUGCUUACAAAACACCGGAUUAUAUACAGUGCUAUUUCUUGUUUUAGGGUUUGAGAACCAAAAUAUCAACAGCUCUUUUUUUUGUCUUUUCGUUUCUUUUGCCAAAUACAUUAAUGCUCACUACCUAAUAAUAUUAUGUUAACAUAUAUUUAUUUUUCCAUUAGUCUAUAAGAUUUAUUUUCUCAAAACGGUGAAAAUACUCAGUAAUUAUUUUAAGCUCAGAACUUCAAAUUAACAGUGUUUUUUAUGGCAAAUAUAGACAUAUAAAAUGUAAUUUUUUAUCUUUGGAACAUAAGAUGAAAUAUAUCUUCAAUUAUAUGCUACUACAAAUUUAUUUUUAUGAGUUAGCAAUCUUGUUGCUGACUAGAAGUUCUGUUACUAAUUUAAAAAAAAUAAUUUCUUUCUAUUACAUUGUUUAAAAAUAUAACAAGUAUAUUAACAAAACUGAUUAAACUCUUAUAUCAUAUAAUAGUAACCAAACAUCGAAAAAUGAAAUCAAAAUAAAAUUUGAUUUCCGCUUAUUGUUUUGCUCUAUUCUUUAGAGAUUUUUAUAGAGACAUAAAUGUUGGACAUUUACAAUUUUAGAUGUAAUUAACACUUGCACAUAUCAGUAAUUUAUCUCUUUACUUAGCUUAUUUUCUUUCAACAGAACCAACAGCUGCAUUUGGAACUUUAAGCAUAAAUGGACAAAGCAAGUCAUCAGAUAUGUUUUGUAAUGAAACCAUUGACAAGGAGGAAUUAAAUCUUAAAUUCAACUGUUCUAGCUCUGCUGAGCCGUGUGUGGGAGAAAUAUACGUAGAUGAUUCCAUUGUCGGUACACCUAUUGAAAAUGGUGCUCUUUACAACGGGAAAGUUCAAAAUGGAGAAGAAGUAACCGUGACAAUAAAAUAUGCAGCCUGUAGAUUGGAUGGAAAAUACAACACCAUGACCUGUAGAAUUAAUGCAUGUAAGUAGCGAUCAACUUAAAAGAAACAUUCAUUAAAAUGUAUAGCCUUACUAGGAGAACUACAAAUCCAAGGGCCAUCAAGACGUUGACCACAAAUGGUAUCGAGAUAAUUUUGCGUUUAACAAGGCACACGACUUGUUUCGUAGAUAGUGUUUAACUGGGAACAGUCUUGAUUCAUAAUUGUAGACAUCAGCCAAUCAUCAUUUGUUAACUUUCAUUUUUAACUAUCAUGCUGUUCUAGUGUCAUAACUUACCCUGUGCUAAAAAAAACCCUGUCAUAAAUAUUAAUUGGAAAAUCAUCAGAAAUAGAAUUCUCCUCAAACUAUUAUUGAAUAUUUCUCCUAAAGACUCAAGAGAGUGAAUAGUUGUCAAAACAUCAAGUGAAUUUUUAAAAAAAAGGACACGCAAUUUAUGAAGAUAAUGAUAAUUAAACAACAGAUUCCUCUAAAAAUCAAAUAUUUGUCAUCCUCAAGUGGAAAAAAAAAAUGCCUAGUUUCAACUAAAUCCAUUAGAUACAGGACGUUGUUUAAAGUUUUAAAAAUCAGGGAAUUGAUAAAGGCUUUUGACCCCGUACUUCGCGUAGUGGCCCAUAGGGAAGAGGAUACAAAAUGUUGUUUUACUGGUGUGUAUAACUUUGUUAUACCCUUCCUUAACUCAUCCUUUACCCUGCGCCAAUUUAAUUCUUUCUCAAAGGUGAAUUCUGCCUGGUCACCAAAGUUGUUUGUGUACUUGCAAAUCCGUUUUAUAGAUUUGAGUUGCAGUACUCUAAGUGUGGAUGCAAUGUGGGUGGUAAUCCUAAAAGUAGUGUACCGGUGCCACAAUGACAUUGACAGCAAUAGAGAAUAAACCUUAAGACUGUGACCUUCAUGCCGCUACAAGGGAUAUCAGUCAUCUGUAUGCACCCAUAAGAAGAGCUUCAGGGUUCCUUUUGCUGCAGAUGCAUUCGUUCAUGCAGGACUCAUCGCUGUUUACUUUUGUACUCUGAUAUAUUUAAGGAUAAUAUUUAAUAGCGUUAAAAGUUUCAGCAACAUUACUAUUUUGUUUGUUUGUUGUGAAAGUAUUACUCUAGCCAUAGAAAAAUACUUAAGUGAGGCUGACUAGAAUAAAAAUUUAAAAAAUAAAACAUUGAUCAUUACGGAACAAAGUCAUCUUUUUUAGAAAAACUUACCUUUAGAUAUGUUCAAUAGAAAAUCGUGAUUUUAAUGUCAUGUCGAUCAUGUUUUUAAAUUUUUAAAAAAACAUGCACCUGGGAAUUUAUGAUUUCUCUCCAUCAAGGGUUUGGGUUAAUUUAUAAAGAUUGCAAUGCGUCCAUAUUGACGAAGAGAGAGCUUAAGGAGUCCUGGGGCUCUUUGUGCAUGGAACAGUCCCGUUACCGAACUGUAGAAUUAGAGUUGACCCAAUUGAUUUUCAUCGACGUCCUUCCUUCCCAUACAACCCCUAACAUGAAUAUAAGUGUCUGCUUUCAGGUGUACCAGGUUAUUUGGUUAUUUUAAUGUGAUGUUAAACAUAAACAUGUACUCACUAAUUUGGCAUGCAUGUCAAAAAAAAAUAUGUGAGAAUAUCAAAGUUCAGAAAGUGUUUAAUUGGAUAUAACAUUUGAUAAUAACGAUAAAAUAAUGAUGUAGAAACGGUCUUUUGGGUAGCACUUAAAUAUUUGAGUGCAUGUUAACAGGUACUUAUUUAUACGGUGUGCGCCGGUCGAUUUUUCGAAUGCGGAAACAGGUAAAAAUCCAAUGGCCGUUCAAUCUCUGUAGGUCACUGGGUCAUAUUGAGAUCUAGUUUUUCUUGUAUGCAUAAUGGAGAGACAAUGAACUUAUUAUAGUCUUAGCUGUGCACACGAGGAGGAUGAUUAAUACAACAUAAACUUUUUCACCGGACUUAUAGCGCUUGCAGCAGAUAGUUUUUGUUGGGAAAACAGGUAGGUUGCUAGCACUGCAUUUCGGAGACCAUAAUUUUUUUUCCAAUUUAUUCUUUUUCUUUCCAGUGUAAGAACCACUUAACUAAUUGAAACAAUCAAGAUCUUGAAAUUUAGACAGGGCUUAAAUUAUCUAGACAGGGUACAUUUUGAGCAUAAUUCAUAACCAGCUAUCGAUUAUGCAAAGUGAACCGAAAGUGAUAGCCAUUUCCUGUUAUUCUUAUCAUUAUCACAUAAGAAGUAUUUAAUAUCUUUAUUUAUCAAUUGUUUUUAAAUUCCACCUAGUUCAUUCAUAUUACUUAUUUUUUUAAAUUUCAUGACUGAAAACAAUGUGUGCAUAUGGUAUGAAAUUUCAUUAUUAAAAUUUUAAAAAUAAAAUUUAUAUUCAUGAUAACCAUGUCAAAACUAAAUUAACGCUAGUCAUUUGAAUCUAUAUUUUAAUUGUAAUAAUUAUCAAAUUAUGUUACAGUAAAUUAUACUUUUGGUAAUGGAUAAUUAUGUCCUUAAUGAUAUAUAAUUUAUUUGAAACUCAUUUCAUAUAAUCAAUAAAUUGUAGGCACUGCAGCUACCGAAGAUCACUGAUAAUUUUUACUAAGUUACAAAAUUUUAUUUAUAUUUGCCCUCUACAGACCUGUUUACUCUUACGAUUUUGGCAUACAGUGUACGAUUUUUAGGUGUUAUCAUUAUACAUCUGUAUGUUUAUUUUCACUAUUAAGAUAAUGUAUUGAAUGAUUUUGUGUUGAUAUUGUACGAUUUUAAGAGUUUGAGGGUAAACAGGUCUGCUUCUAAAUAACCUGUCUCCCUUUUUUAAUUUUUCUUUUGCAUACCCUGACUUGCCUUUAAGCCUUACUGCUUUAGUUAAAAGCUAUUCUAUUUGACUUUUCAGGCUUUGUCCAGUCUUUAAUUCUGGUCAUUGAAUAACUUUAUAUUUAAGAUUGGUUUUAAAAUCUCAGCAUUUUCUUUCCUUUAAAUUUACAGCCAUGUCACCACCACUUUUUGGAGGAGUUGUGAAGAGUUUUGCUUCUAGUAAUGCCUGUACCUAUGAUUCACACCUGUCCAUUCCAUGAGGGCGAGCUGUAAUGAGGACUGAAGACAACCAGACAUUUUUAUAUAAGUAAAUUUUUAUCCGAUAAAUCUAGCUAGGGGAGCAGGCAAGGGCCUUACACUUACAUGAAUUGCAGUGCACCCGAUGAUUAUGCUGAAAAAGAAAGGACAAAGAUAAUAUUUCCCAUGUUUUAGUACAAUAGGCUAUCUCAUUUUUUUACAAGAACAUUCUAAAGAGCUUAGGAACUUAUACGGGAAAGCCUUUUUUUUUUACAAUUUUGUUUGGCAUAUUUCUUAGAACCAAUAUUCUUACAUAAAUGCUUUUAUGACCAUUUAUAAUUUUAUUACUCUUAAAGCAAUUAAAAUUGAUAAGAAUUUUAACAACAAUCUUGGUCUAUUAUUGAUUUUUUAAUUUUGAUACAUCAAAGAAGAAAUGAAUUGUUGACACCAAUCCCUCUUGACAAAAAGUGUUAAACUUGUACCUGCCACCUAUUAUAUGUAUUGCAAACGAAGAGAUCUAAAUCUAAAUGAUUAAAUCUGAUUUUCAGGGCUGGAUGGAUGGAUAUAUUAAUAAUUCAAUCAUGUUUGUAAAAAUAUAUAUAUUUAAGCGCUUAGAGCUUUAUGGUAAGCGCUAUAUAAAAAUGCCUAAAUAAAUAAAUAUAUUUAAAUUUUUUUGGGAAAUAUGUAUUUUUGUGGGAUAUUUAUAUUUUAAUAUUUACCACAGAUGUUGUCUCCACUCACAAAAUACAGCUGUUUGACUACAGCCAAGACGAUUCAAAAACCACAUGCCAAAGUGGCUUGUUACUUAAUGUUGACCAGUUUGGUUUCAGAAGUGUGAUUCAAUUGGAUAACAGUGUUGGCGACUAUUUUUGUGUAAAAUAUGAGAUAAAGGAGGAGUUUCAGCCAAGAUUUGAACAAGUAAUGAUAGUUUCAAGCCCAUUUAUCACGACCCUUAAUGUAGUCAUACACAUUUUAGUUUGAAUUCGCCUUUUGAAAUUUUUAAAUUUAUUUUAAAGCGAGUUUUGUUUUUAAUAUGUGUUACGACCUUACUUCAUUAAGUUGCGGCCUUCUUUCGUUGUGUAGUAUCACAAAUGUUAUGGACUUCUUUCGUUGAGUCUUCUCUAAUGUUAACGAAUGUAACCUCUCACAUCAGGACCACAAUAAAGAGCAAAACAAUAGCGUCCUUUGAAGAUAACCAUAAUAGUUCUUUAAAUGCAUGAUCCAACCACAGCAGAUGUUAAUUCUCAACGACAACAUUCAAUGGAGGUAAUAACUCUCAACUCUCUUCUCUACUCUCUAACUACUCUCGACGAACUCCCGGCGGAACUCUGACACACCGGAACAACUACCAACUAUCAACUUCAACUAUCAACUACUUCUUGACUAACAUGUCUCUCUCUCCUAGCACAGCUAACAACCAACUAACACUUGACUACUUGACUCACUAACACACAGCCCUUUUAUAUCAUCACCUAAACAAAUCAGCAUGCACAACUCAAUAACACGAACCAACUUCACGCUCUGACUUCACAACUUACAACUCACAAAACAGUCUCACGAGCAACAACUCCCCCUACCCAACAUUCACAACAAUCUAGUUCACAACAAUAUGUAUCAUGCAACGAUAUCGUUUUUAACUUGCGGAUUUUGCUUUUCCAUUACAUGUAGAGACCUUUAAAUUUCUCGAUAUCUCUCCAUUUUAUCUUUUAGUAGUUUUAGACUAUCUAAGAAGAUUUUAAGAUAACAAUCCUCAUCAGCAGUGUUUCUUUCAGGUAUCUCUCGAAGAGGGGAGGGCGGGAUGACAAAAGUGCAGUUUUUUAAAGCAUAGUAACUAAUUCUCUUAUUACAAUUAAUAGAAUCUGCAAAAUGCAGUUUCGCUCUAUAUAGUUUUGUUGAUCUGUAAAUUUAAGGCUAAUCUUGUUAGAGGCUUACAGUCUGGCACUCCAGUCUUACCUCCUCUUUGUUCGCAUACAUUGGUAUUUUUAUUGAUUUCUUUAUUUACUUUUUAUUAUUUGUUUUGAAAAUGCAUUUUUUAAUUAAUAAGCAAUCCCCAAAAGUAGUGUAAAAAAAUGAAAGCCACCUUACUGUUUUUUGGAAGUAUAACAAAAUAUUUGCAUAACACAAGCAGGUCAUGAACUUUUCCACUCCCACCCCCCCUUGUCCCCCUGCAUUGAAAUAUAAUAAUUAAGAAAAUGUCCUCACCUCCAUCUUUAAACUCAUAACAUCCGAGGCACCAUGCAGUUGUUUUCAAGUAUACUCAAAAAUACAUCUGUUGAUUUUCAAAUAAUCAACAUUUUUCUUGGUUUUUACCCUCCCUAUCACAAUACAAACUCUGCAGUUUUCUGAAAAUUUUCUUCUGCAUAUAAAGAAAAAGUGAUACCUGGGUGGACCACACCAACUGCCUUCUUUUGACGCCUGUAGCAAGGAUGUAACUAGAGUGUUUUGCUUCAGGGGACCAGAUUCAUCUUUACGCUUCCCCUCAACUCUGAAAACCAAUAUUUUUUAAUCAAUAUGCAUAAAUUCAAGCACAUUAAGAACUCACCCCCCCUUUCCCGCUAGCCUGAGAUGUGUCUCCCAUCUGCCAACCCAUAGCUAUGCCUCUGGCACGGCACCCCAAUUCCCUGAAAAUCUAAAAUCCCCACACCCCCCCCCCCACCCACAAAUUAAAAAUGUCUGAAAGAAACACUGCCUUCCAGUUUCUAUCAUAUGGUAUUGAGCUGUUUGCACACCAAUUAACAGGCGGGAAGAAGUGUACCUUCAUUUAUUUUUAUGAAAAUUGUGAGUUUGGGUCUACUUCCUGUGCGAUAUUAGUAAUUUAUUAUUUAGGUUAAGUUUAGUACAAUAGUACAGAAAUGAGGCAAUUUUCCGAUAAUCUGGAUAAGUUAUAGAAUAUAGAAUUAAAUCAAGUGUCAGUGUGAUACAAAUAUAUAAAUCUAAAAGAAACCAUGUUGUUUAAUAUUAUUGUUGGCGAUUGAAGAUUAAUAUUUUUUUAUUUAUGAAGAUUUGAAAACUUCUAAUUUUUAACUGUACAUAUUUCAGACCUGUUUACUCUCAUGAUUUUGGCGUACAAUGUACGAUUUUGAGGUGUACACAUUAUAUACACUGUAUGUUUAAUGUUUACCUUUUAGAUAAUGUAUUGAACGAUUUUGCGAUGAUAGUGUACGAUUUUAAGAGUUUGAGGGUAAACUGGUCUGAUAUUUAUAUAUUUACAUAGCUUUUUUAAUAAAUUACUUGUUAAAAUUUUUGUUUCUAACAAUAAUUUCACAUUUCAGUUACUUACCAUUGAUCUUGCCAAGCAAUGCAAAUUAGGACAGGUUAAAGGAAACACUGAAUUCAGUUGUCGAAAUGUGUCGGAGAAAGAAUAUCAUAUUACCGUACUUGUGAAAGCUCUUAGAGAAUACAGUAAUGCCACCAUUAGAGGUUUUUUUUACACAGAUGAUCCAAACAGCAAGAUAGUCCAGCUACCAGUUGUAUACGGUAAGCGAUAUACUUAUCUUAUAUACUUAUAUAUAACAAUAUGUUUAAAUAAAUUUAUAGUAUACUUUAUAUACACUGUUUAUGAUAAAAGAUUACAUUAAAAGAAUCUCAAUUAUUCGUUAAAAAUUAACAAAAGUAUAUGGAGUUUUAUUAACUAAUGUAUUUUUUCGACAUUUAAAUGCUAUGAGAAAAGUCAAUCCACUAAUGUUGACCUAAAUAUGUAUUAAUACCCAUACAAUGUGGCAAUUCUUUAGGUUUUAUUCUUCUUCUAUAUUAUGAGGGCACGCAAUCAAUGAAUUGAUAAUUCUAGCUCCUAUGUUUCAAAGGGGUUUGUGAUGUAACUGUGCAUGAUUUUGAAAGGGAUACAUCACUGGUUGCUAGGACUACUCAGAAUGGUAAUCUCUGGGGGUUGGAAGACAGGAGGCAAUAGACGCAAAUGUGUCGAGUAUAGUCGCCUCAACUGUUGCUUUGGAAGCUUGUUCUAGUCCCUUAUUGUCUUUGGCAGGAAUUAGGAGCUCCUGUACUGAGUUCUUGUUUUCAGGAGCUGAAACGGCCUGUCGUGGAUUCGUCACUGUCUAGGGGGGAGAGGGACAAGUUUCUGUUUAAUGUUGGAGCAGUGGACCAGCCCAAUUUUAUCUUGUACUUACUGGAGAGUUGAAUAGUCAUCAUCGAUCCUCCAAUGGUGAAUAGCCCAUUGUUUCCAGCAUGCUGCCAACACUUCAGGUGUUUUUGUAGCUGUUCAGGACAAAGAGUGCUGCCCGUCGAUGGACUGCCUCCAGCCUUUCGGUGCUUUUAUGGGUGAAUGGGUCCCAAACUGAAAAUGAGUACUCUAAAAGAGGCCGGACAAAGGCUUUUUAUUUCACGCUUGAGUUGCCGAUCUUCAGAUUUUUGCCUUAGAAACCCUACAAGCUUGUUUGCGCGGUUGCACACAUUGUUAAUGUGCUUGUCUCAGCGGACCACUCUUUGAAUGGUUACCCCGAGGCACUUUAUGGAGGAAACUGGUUUAAGAAUAUGUCCAUGCAAAUCUGACAGGAUCUGGCACUUGACGGGAUGAAAUUGCAUUUCCCAGCUCAUCUCCCACUCAACUAACCGAUGGAGGUCCUGUUGUAGCUGGUCCUGGUCAGUACUGCUAGCGAUUGUCCUAUACGUUGCCAAGUCAUAUGCGAACUGUCUUGCUUGGCAGGUCAGCUUCCUGGGUAGGUCAUUGAUAUAUGCUAGGAACAGAGGCCUAGCAUCGAGCCCUGGAGGACCCCUGACUUAACACUGGCAAAGGAGGAGGUUGUGCAGUCUACCACUACUGCCUGGUAUCUGUCUCAGAGGAAGCUAAAGAUCCAUAUUUUUGUAGUGCUUUGGAUCCCAUAUUUCUCUUCAAUUUGUGUAAUAGCAAGCUAUGAUUGACACUGUCAAAUGCCUUUGAGAAGUCCAUCACAAGCACAUCAGUUUUCUUGCUGUUCUCCAGAUUAGUCGUCAAUUCUUCAGCAAAUUCAAGGAUUGGGGUCUCACAUGAUCUUUUGACUCAGAAGCCACGCUGACAGUCAUUGAGUAUAUUGUGGCUUUUAAGAUGAUUCAUGAACACACUAACGAUUAUGUUCUAGUUUGAAUACUCCUAUGGAUAUGAAGAUGUGGUUGAGAUAUAUAUAUAUUAACUUUAAAAUGGUAAAUAGUAAAUAGUUAAACUUUUUGAAAAAGCUUAUCUAACUUGAAGUUACAAUAUAUAUAGAUCGUGAUUAAUAAUUGAAGCUUAAUAAGAGGAUUGGGAGAGCUCCCAGCCAGUCUUUUUUGCCCAAAUUUUCUGUCGGACACCCUGUUCUGGUGGCCACCUUUCUAUGGAGGCAAUCUGCGAAGAUAGAAACCCUAUUAUUUGCAGCCUUUUCUUGUUGCACACUGUUUGUAUGGCAAUUACUAUGGUAAUUACAAUUGCACCCUACUGUGCUUUCUGACACCCUGAUCUAGUGCGUACCUGAUCUGAACUGCUGAUUACUAACACAAUAUUUCGCCUACUGGAUGCAUCCUCGUUCAUAACAUUGGCACCUCAUCCUCAGGAGAUAGGACAGUCAAGACAUACUUUUAACAAUCCAUGUGUGGUGCAGAAUGCUGGACUGAUCAUCAUCUUUUUAUCACCCAGCUCAACCUACACAUACAACCCAAAAGACGCCCACAGGGGAAGAAGAGCCCUAAACAUCUAAAUACCACAACGCUGAAAAGCCGUAACAUUAAGAAAUUCUUUGUGGAUGCUCUGGAAGAACCUAUGGAGUCCACACUAUUGGAAAAUGACAAUUUCGAAGCCAACUGGGCAUCACUUAGAUCUAUUUUAUACAACACCGCCAUGGAGUUUCUGGGGCCACGUUUAAAAUAACAUCAGGAUUUGUGUGAUGAUAACUGUGACGUAAUCAAGCAACUGCUAAAUGAAAAACACCAUCUCCACUACGCUUCCCUAAACAACCAGAGGCCAAUCCCAAUGAAAGGUGCGUACCAAAGUAUAAGAAGAACGAUUCAGCAGAAACUGCGUCUAAUGCAGAAUAAAUGGUUGAGCGACAAGGCCAACGAGAUCCAAAGCUAUGUGGACCAACAUGACCUAAAAAAUUUCUACCUCGCUCUAAAAACAGUCUACGGCCCCACUUCAUCAGGAUCAUCCCCACUUCUGAGUGCAGAUGGGAAAACUCUAAUCACUGAGAAGGAAACAAUUAUUGAACGCUGGGCUGAACACUUUGACAACAUCCUGAAUCGACCUUCAUCCAUUAAUGAUGAAGCCAUAUAUCAUUUCAAACAGGUUCCUUUCAAUCAAGAACUGGAAGACCCCCUACCCUCUCAGAGACCCAACAUGCUAUAAGCCUUCUCUCAAGCGGAAAAGCACUAGGUGGUGACUCAGUUCCGUCUGAAGUAUACAAAGAAGUGGGGACAGCUCUGUCUGAAAGGCUUUGCCAGCUGUUCAUACUUAUGAUUGCAGCAAGAGAUCAUUCCACAGGACUUCAAAGAUGCAUCUAUUGUUCAUCUGUACAAGCGUAAAGGGAACUGUCCAUCAUGCGACAACCACCAUGGCACAUCAUUGCUCUCAAUUGCAGGCAAGAUAUUAGCCAGAAUCUUGCUAAAUCGUCUUAACAGGUUUGUUGAAAACGGUUUACUGCCAGAAAGUCAAUGUGGCUUCCGGAAGGAACGAGGAACCAUCGAUAUGGGGUUUGCGGCCAGACCGCUACAUGAAAAUUGCAGGGAACAAAAUGUUGACCUUUUCUCUACUUUUGUAGACCUGACCAAAGCUUUUGACACUGUCAGUAGAGAGGGCCUUUGAAAGAUCAUGGCCAAAUAUGGAUGCCCCAGAAAGUUCGUGUCAAUGGUACGACUAUUUCAUGAAGGUAUGCAGGCUAGAGUUCGGGAUAAUGGAGAGACGUCAAAACCAUUCCAUGUAACAAAUGGCAUGAAACAAAGAUGUUUACUUGCCCCAACACUUUACAGCCUUUUUUUACAGCAAUGCUGACCGAUGCAUUCAGAGAAAGAGACACUGGAAUUGGCCCCCUCCCCCCCCCCCCCCCCCCCCCCCCCCCCCCCCCUCCCCCCCCCCCCCCCCCCCCCCCCCGCGGGCGUCCAUGCAUACUGCACAAGAGAAUUUCGUGCCAGAAUCGGCCUCAUUAGCCAUCUGCGCACCCACAGACAGAACCAGCACAAACUGUGAUGAUUAAAGUGGUCAUGAUCGACUCCGACUGACGAACAACACCUGAUCUGGCAGCACUCUGAAACCUCGUUUUGGCAGCUCCAUGAUCUGUAGCAUCCAUUUCUGGUUACACCUUAUUCUGGUGGCAAUCUGUUCUUGUUUUUAUCUGAGUGUAUUUAGGAAACCGACGGGAGGGAACUCUGUUAAACUUCACAUUGCACAAUGUGUCAUCCACCUGUGUGGGUUUCACCUGGAGCAGUCUACGCUGCUGCACCCCUUAGUGACACCACUGACAAGGACUUAAAGAAAAAAAAAUGAUUAUGCAUUUCUAUCAAUUUUACAAAAUAAUGUUUGUUCCCUUUCUUCCAGAACCAACAAACGCAACUGGUCAACUGAUCAUAAAUGGACAAGAUAAACCAACAGAUACAUCUUGUUAUGCAAUUAUUGAUACCAAUGAACUAAAUCUUGAGUUUAAAUGUAUUAGUUAUGCCAAGCCAUGUGUGAUAGAAAUACAUGUGGACAAUGACGUUAAAAAAAUGGGGGAAAAUCAUGUAGUGCUUAAAAGAAAGACAACAAAAACUGAAGAACUGUAUGUGACUAUUAAAUAUGCAGCCUGCAGACUUGAUGGAGAAAUCAUCACCAUCAACUGUAUACUUAAUAUGAGUAAGUAAUAUUAAAAUGUACGUUCUUAAAAAUAUUUUCUUGUUUUAGAAAUUAAUUUUUUUUUAAAAUACAAACCUGCUUUUUAUAUUUGAAUGACAUACUAAUUUAAAAAAAAAAAAAAUUUUAAAUAAUAAAUAUUCUUAUAAAUAUAAAAUAUUAAGUGUUAAAUUUGUUGUUGUCAGCCGUUUAGUCUUCAAUAAAUGGUACACUGGCUUGGCGCUCCAGAAAUAAUUUCAUUACUAGUAUUGCUAUGACAUAAAACACUCAAAUUAAAUAUGGAAUAUUUUAGAAAUAGACACUGUUCCUACCAUCCACAUUUAUUGUUAUGAGUUGUUUUCUUUUUUGACUCCAUUGUCUUUUUUCUCCUUUUAGCCUGCUAAGCUUGUUGUGCAUAUGUAACAAAUAGCAACUGCUUAUAGAUAUCCAAGCUUCUUAUAAAUUUCAAGAAAAUUGAUAUUUUAAGAAACAAAUAUCAUUAAAUUACUCAUACCUGACACAUGACACUGAGAUUGGGGUUGACAAUAUCUAGUCUAGAGUUCUGUUUUAAUCCGCAGACAGGAAAUAAUGUUAUUAGCCUUAGCUGAAAUAACCGUAGCCAGAUUAACCUUUAGUAAGAUGCACUUGAUCAGAUUGAUACAGGCCAAACUUUUUUGCGUCUCACACCUUAAUGAGAGAUGACAGCGAGCGCUACUUCUCAGUAGCUUAAAGUUUUCCUUAAAUUUAUAAGUCAAGACCAUUAAGUGUGUAGAAAGCCUUUCAGAAGGCAUAUUUUAACUGUUUUGUUCAAUUUGAUGUUUUAAAGUUUUAAAAUUGAAUAUUUUUCUUGCUCUGGUAAGUUACUUUUUUAAUCUUGCUAUACAUACAUUAUCUUUUUAUUAAAUAAUAAAAAUCAUAGUGAUACAUUUCCCUAAUACGAGAUAUUUAAACUGAUCCUUACAUAUUUCUGGUUACUUCUGCUGUCAAAUGUGACGGGUGGUAGGAAAAUCUUUGAUUUUAAGAAUCUCAAUGAUGUGGAGGAAAUUCAAAAAAAUAUUUAUUGGGGAUGAAUUUUAUGCUGUGCAUUGGUUAAAUUAUUUUUCAAAUAAAUUAUUUGACCAAACUUCAAUAAAAUAAACUAGUUUAACCAUUCACUCAUUACGAAUAUCAAAUUGAUACACUGCACCUGGUCUCAUUAUGAAAAGAGCGCACCCGACGUAAGGUUAAAUUCGAUCUGAUGUCAUAAUUUCUUAAUUGUUUUUACAAAUAAAACUUGUUUCUUUCUAACUUACUCAGAAAAUGGUGGCCAUCAGGACAAUACAAGCACCAAAAAAACAAGUACCGACAAAACAAAUACGGACAAUACAAAUACCGACAAUACAAGUACCCGUAGAACCCCAAUAAUUGGAAAAGUUGUUGGCGUUGUCUGCAGCAUCUUGACUUUGAUAGUUGGGUAAUGUUUUUUUGUUUUAUUUGGUUGUUUUUUCUUUAUAAUAUAAAAGAAUAAAAUUACUUUGCUUAAAAAUAAGAUGAUUAAUGUAUAUGAGCCAAAAUAAAGAAAAGAAAAUAUAAAUAUAAAAUAAUAAUAUAUACCUAAAACUAAAACAUUAUGUGACCUACUCAAUUAAAGUAUUUUGUUUUUCAAUUUAUUUUGUUAAAUCGAUGCAUUUACAUAUAUUGUGUAUUUACUUUUGAUUAGACAAAAUAUUUUAAAUAAGACAUUACAUUUCUAUUUAAUAACUGUUAAUAAAUUAAAUAUGAUAUUUUAUUAUUAAUUUUUUUAACGAACUAACAUUUUUUUAAUAGCAUUGGCAUAGUCUACAAAUUCACACAAUGUUUUGGAUUCAUUAAACCAAAGGUAAGUUGAAACAAUAGUUAUUCCAAAAAAGUAGAAAAAUAUACAAAAAAAUCGUUACAAUUCCGCAAUGUUGUAGGAUUCUAAAACAUGAUUCAUUGACAUUGGGCAUUAAAUUAUUUAAAGUUAAAUUAAAUUUUUUAAUAAAUUGUUAUGAAAUAAAUAAGAGACAAUUCAUUCAUUUAUAAAUUAUUACCAACUUAUGUUUUCCAUUUUUUUAAAUUUUUUUUUGAGAAGUGUGAUAUUUUAGGUUUUUGGGUAUUUGGAGAGAAAAAGGGGUUUCAUUUGUUACAGACUGGAAGUUCAUGAUUGCUAAUAAUUUUUUAGGCUUUAACACUCAAUCGCUAUUUUUCGAAAUUAUGAAUAAUUUUUUGGCUUUUUGUUUUAUAGUAAUAUAGUUCCCAGUUACAGCCUUAGUCCAUAAACAAUGGUUCUGUGCGUCUGACGCAAUAUGGAGCGAAAAUGCAUGACAAGUUUCUUAGCAAUAGUUUUCAUUGAGUUUGUUAUGUAGAUUUUUGUGUUGUAUUGACAUAAAAUUUUGCCUUCAAUUUCAGACAUUGAAAUGUUUCAACUUCAAUUUAUUACACACCUGUGCAGUAUUUGAACAUAUUAUUUCUUGAAAUAAACAACUUACCUCUAAUGUUAAAAGUUCAAAGUUACAAAGACUUAUCAAAUUAUUGGCAGUGCACAUUUUAAUGUUGUUUAUAUUAAAACAUAAAAAAUAAUUAGCUUGCCAAUAGAGGAAAUAACACAAAAAUUGUUCAUCUAAGUGCAAUAGUUAUUUAUCCUUUUCUAGGAGGUUUUCAUAAAGGAAUAAUGUGGAAAGUGUAUAUGUAUAAACAAAUGAUCAAAAUUAAAUUUAGAGAUUCAUUACUGUUUGACUAUGUUUAAAGUUCAGAACUUUUAGCCCUCGGCUGACAGUUAAAAGCAAGAAUUUUGUUAUUUCCAUUAGAGGUAAGAAAAAAAUAAUGAUAUUUUAACUUUAUUGGCAGUAUUAAAGAAAUCAAUAGCCCUAUGUAUGAAUGCUCAGUGUUUGUUUCAGAUAAUUUUCUUCGGGAGGGUGGUGCAUUUCAGAUUUUUGGGUUGGCAGUGCAACUGAUGUAGCAAGAGGGUGGAAGGGCUGUCUGCCUUUGGUCCCUUUUUUUAUAUUGAGUGGUGGCAUUUUCAGACAACUGUAGGAUUUUGACUCUUGGAUAAAAGUACGGAAGAACUCUAUGCUUGUCAAGUGCAGCACUACACUAGCGGCUCCACCAGGCGUCAUAAUUGGUGACCAGGGCAAACUAUGCUAUCAUUUGCUUGGGAAGUGAGGCAGAAAUUGAGGGCACCGAUGGCCCCUGUAUGAAAUUGGGGGAGUAUUCUAGGGAACCCAUCUUUAAAUUUGUAUAUAUUAUUUCCAAAAAGAGUAGUACAUUUUAAUGUUUUCCUAUUUUCAGUGUUUCUAUUAGACAAUUUGAGCGUUGGGAGGGGGGGGGGGGAGGAUAUUUUAAGCCAACAUGUAAAUGAGGGAUUGUGAUGUCCUAUACCAUAAAACAUUUUAAUGUUUUCCUAUUUUCAGUGUUUCUAUUAGACAAUUUGAGCGUUGGGAGGGGGGGGGGAGGAUAUUUUAAGCCAACAUGUAAAUGAGGUAUUGUGAUGUCCUAUACCAUAAACAUAAUGAAUUUCCUCCAGUUUUCGUGAUCCAAGGUAAUCUUUUGGCACAGGUUUCUGUACAACCAAGUACUUUCAAAUUGAAAUAUAACAACGUAUGCUAAACUUGAAUUCAUAGACUUGACAAAAGAUUUUGACAGUUCAGCUUAGAGCAUUCAUCAGAAAACACGACAAAAGUAUCAGAUCACUGUUAAAAAAAAAAAAAAUUUAUUGGUUUCCUUUUCUUGAGCUUCUUGUCCUUGUGAUAUAAAAAUAAUAAUUUCCUAUUAAGUACUAAAUAUUUAUGCAUUUUUUAAAAAAUUACAAAUAUUUUUUGUGUAAAAUACUUAAUAUGUAAAUAAAUUUUAAAAAGAUGUUGCGUCAAAUAAAGCUUUCUAUUAGAAAAAGUACUGAUUACAUCCUUUUUACAUGUUGAAUGCAAAUGGACAACAACAAAAAAUCAUCAUAAUAAUUACCUUUUCUGAAUGUUUCUGUCACCAGAGUCAAAAGAGAAAAUAAAAUGUUUUGUGGAAAGUUCUAAAAAUUUGAUGAUUUAUAAAUCGUAUAAGAAUGGCAUAAAUAUGUAAUAUGAAAUAUUUGCAAAAGAUAUCUUAUAGUUAGUGUGUCCUUUUAUCUGUAGAAAAUUGUAUACAUACAUUUACAGUAUGCAUUACUCAAUAUUCAGUUGAUUGAAAUGUUUAUUUGGAAUUUCAAACAGCAUGAUAACUUUAUUUCGAUUUGUUGCAUAUUACUUGUAUGAUCUACUUAAACAAUUUUUUUUACAAAAUCCAUAUAACAUAUUUUUAAAGGUAUAAAAAAAAAAACAAUUGUGCUCAAACCGGUUUGGGUUGGGAUUCUAAAAAAAUGGUAAAUGAUUUUUUUUAUUUUCUACUGGAUUCUAAUUUAAUUUUUUUUUUUUAUAUUGCAGCCUAUAAUUAAUAUAAAAAAGAAAAGCUUGAAUAAAACUGACACAGAAAGCGCUUCAGCAGAUACCACGUUAUUGAAAAAAAGCCAAAACGAUGAUGACAAAACUGCCAAUAUAUCGAAUAGAACUGAGGACAAAGUUAAGCCCACAACACUUGAAAGCCAAGUUGAUUGAAAAUAAUGCUGAAUUUAACAAGAAGACACCUGAUGGUAAAAUUGUGCUUCAACUUGCAACUGAAAAUGGACACUCUGAGAUAGUUAUGCUGUUCAGAAAAAAAUUGAGCAACAGUUAAUUUUCUAACAUCUGACAAAACGAAUUAAAAUUAAAUGCUGAAUAUGGUAUAAGACAGCUAAAAUCAACACAAAAAAUAACAACUACAUUAAUUUAAACAAAUUUUACCCCAUAAAAUUUUGCAGAAUUGCUUGUCUAAUAACUUUGUUUUUAAUUACUAUACCACAACAAACAAAACAUAUUUUUUGCAAGAUGUUUAAUGUUUGAAAAUUCUUUUAGGUUUAAAAUGCCUUUCUAUUCUGCUCUAUUAUACAAUUUAGGUUUUUAAGCAAUGAACAAUGGCAAGCCAGUUUCACUAAUACCACCUUCAAAAUUUUAUACUGUAAAACAAUUAAGUUUCUUCCCCAUUACCUUUAAAUUUAAAAAAAAGAUUGCUGUUCUGCCAUCAACAACAUUUUUUUCUUAAUUUUCCGCUUCUAAAAACAAUAAAGUUCUGUUUAGUAUAAGACGUGUCGACACCAGACAUGUACAUAUCCAGACUAUGCUCUAAAGCUUUAUGAACACUUUUGUGUUUUUUAGUAAGAUUUGUCCACUUAAACUUAAAAGAAAUAAAUCAACAAUGCGUCAUAACUUUUUUCCGAUCCAAUUUUUGUUUUCCGUUUCAUUUUACAAUAGUUGUAAUGUCAUGGACUAAAAAUUAUGUAUUAAUCAUGCUUAAUGCUUCCGGAGUAAAUUUUGUGCUUUGCUUGUUACUUUGAUUUUUUUAUAUUAGCUAUUCUUGAUAUUCAAAAAUAUAUGUCAACAUACAACUAUUUUUCCAAAUAUAUUUCAUUAAAGUUAGGUCUAGUGCAUGUCAGAGUAAACAGUUACUUUUGUAUAUCAUAUGUAUUUCUUGAUUUCAAGCACUACAAUGAGCGGUGUAUAAGGCUCAGCCGGAUGCUUCCCGAAACUGGAAAUGUGGUGUAUUACACACCCAUAAAAUUCAUUGUCUCCACCAGGGAAAUGGAAAAGGGAGUUGCAAUAUUGAAACAUUGAUAUUUUUUAUUAUUACAACAAAUGUUAAUAAUUAAUUGCUAAAACUAAGUAUGGUAUCUCCUUUGUACUUAUACAUGCAACUUUUACCUUUUAUCAUGUAUUCUCCAAAACCGAACUAGUCAUAUAGUAUCAUUGUGAGCCAGCAAAAAUGUUUAUAAAAUGAAAUGAUUAAAAUUUAUACACAAGCAAAAUCCUAAGCAAGAUAAUAAAGAUUGGCCUUUCUACCAAUGAUAGUGUAAAAGCAAAGAUAAUGCAUUUUUUAUUUAAAAUGCCCUCUUGAUCGUAUCACAAAGGCCUUAGAAGUUGCUACCAUCUAAUUAUUUGUCAUCACUAAUCAAGAAGAUUAAUGUAUUUGAUUGCCCUGGUGUGAUCCGGUUCUUAUGUGGAUCUUGUUCUUUUGAUUCCGAUUCUGAUUCAUCAGAUACACCUAAUUGUUUCCUACAAUAAGGAGCUAACUUUGGCCGAAUUCAUAAAUACACUUAAGAGCGUAAAGUGUAAUAUGAUCCAUCAACUUCAUUUUUGUCUAUUUCUGAAGCUGUUGUGAAGGAAACUUAAUUUGGAACUCUCUAGAAACUCAAAAAUCUUUCUUCCCAACAUUUGAGGAAUCUCAUUUAAAGUUGUGGGGGGAAAAUAAAGAAACUGGUAGGUAGAAAGAUCAUUCAAAGAUUCUGAAAAAAUAUACUGGAAGUUGUAGAACUUAAUAGAGCUCUAUAGAAUGAAACUACUAUUUUCAUAACCAUUAAGAUCUAACUAUAUAUCGAAAACUUUCUAGAAUAUUCUAGAUUUAAUUUAACCCCAUACCUAAAAGAAAAUUGUGAAAAAUCCCUUUUCUAAGGAAUAAUUGUUUCGAUGUGGAGAAAUAUGCAACAAAAUAUUUUCAAUCCAGUAUAAAAAUCAUUUUAAGCAAAAAUAUGGGCUUAGUUAAAAUAAGAGGUCAUGGCUAUAAAGUCAUUCAUUUAAAUAAUUGAGUUAACAUUUCAAAUUUAAAUGUUUUUCCCAUUUGAUUAUUUAAAUUGUUUUGUGUUACAAUUAAAUAAAUUAUUCAUUUAAAAAUUGUUAGCCUUCAUUUUUCAGUGUCUGAGUUUAUGCCAUAGACUAUGGUUUAAAAAAAUAUGUAGGUUGUAUGACUGUUGAUAUUUGAAUUUAUAUAAGGUUCUUAUAUAAAAAAUAAUAUUUUGUGCAAUAAUUGCCUUAAUUUCAUAACCCUCAAAUUCAUUACCCUCAUUAUAAUUUAAAUCAAUUUCAAGUAAGCCAGAGAUAAUGAUUCAAUUUCCAUAUUGAUUCACUGUGUUCCAGGUCGGGAUUCACUCACUGUACCCUGGUACUGGGGCACAGUGAAUCACUUAUCCCUGCACACUUUGAAAGGCUCUGAGCAAUAUUUGUUAUAUUUUACCACAUUUUAAGGAUUCUUAUCCAUGUCUAUGAUGUAAUACAAUCAAUGUGCACAUACAACAUUAAAAUAUCUGUGAAAACUUUUUGAAUAUUAAUAAAAAUAAGAUUUCUGUUCCACUGUGCCCAGAUUCCCCCUAUUCUGUUAAAUUAUCAAACUUUCUGGAAAAUUAUUGACCAGCUCGAAAAGUAGUGGAUAUUAAUACCCGGUACUUUUAAGUCCACCGACAUUUUAAUAUGGAAAAUCAAGGUUAUAUAGAUACCAUGCUUAGAUUAUAUUCAUGUUACAUGUAGAACCCUAUAUUGUUGUCUCAGCUUACCCCCCCCCCCUUUUUUUUUUUUUAGUUUUUUUUUUUUUAUUAAAAAUAAAAAAUGGUAUAUGCAUGUUACAUUACAGUAGGUCAAGAUUUAUCAUUGGCGAUGAAUUUUAAUUUUAAGUUGUGAAUUGGUUACAUUAUUUUUAAAAUAAAUUAUUUGACCAAACUUCAAUAAAAUAAACUAAUUUAACCAGUCACUCAUUAGAGAUAUCAAAUUGAUACACCGCACCUGGUCUGAAAGAAAAAAGCGCACCAGCCGUAAGGUUAAAUUCGAACUGAUGUCAUAAUUUCUUAAUUGUUUUUACAAAUAAAACUUGUUUCUUUCUAGCUUACUCGGAAAAAGGUGACCAUCAAGACAAUACAAGCACCGAAAAAACAAGUACCGACAAUACAAAUACUGACAAUACAAGUACCGGUACAACCCCAAUAAUUGGAAAAGUUGUUGGCGUUGUCAGCGGCAUCUUGACUUUGAUAGUUGGGUAAUUUUUUUUGUUUUAUUUGUUUCUUUUGUUUUUUUUUAUAAUAUAAAAGAAUAAAAUUACUUUGCUUAAAAAUAAGAUGAUUAAUGUAUAUGAGCUAAAAUAAAGAAAAUAUGAAUAUAAAAUAAUAUUAUAUACCUAAAACUAAAACAUUAUGUGACCUACUCAAUUAAAGUAUUUUGUUUUUCAAUUUAUUUUGUUGAAUGGAUGCAUUUACAUAUAAUGUGUAUUUACUUUUGAUUAGACAAAAUGAUUUAAAUAAGACAUCACAUUUCUAUUUAAUAGCUAUUAAUAUAUUAAAUAUGAUUUUUUAUUAUUAAUUUUUUUAAUGAAGUAACAUUUUUUUAAUAGCAUUGGCGUAGUCUACAAAUUCACACAAUGUUUUGGAUUCAUUAAACCAAAGGUAAGUUGAAACAAUAGUUAUUCCAAAAAAGUAGAAAAAUAUACAAAAAAAUCUUUACAAUUCCGCAAUGUUGUAGGAAUCUAACACAUGAUUCGUUGACAUUGCCCUUUAAAUUAUUUAAAGUUAAAUUAAAUUUGUUAAUAAAAUGAUAUGAAAUAAAUAAGAGAAAAUUCAUUCAUUUAUAAGUUAUUACCAACUUACUUGUUUUCCAUUUUUCAUUUUUUUUUUUUUUUUUUUUUGUGGUUUUUUGUGUUUUUUUUUUUUGUUUUUUUCUGGUUUUUGGGUUUUUGUGGGGUAGUGGGGUUUUUUUUUUUUUUUUUUUUUUCUUUUUUUUUAUUUUUUUUUUUUUUUUUUUUUUUUGUCUUGAGAUGUUGGCUGUGUGAUUUUUUAGGUUUUCCGUGCAUGUGCGUAUUUGCAGGGAAAUAGGGGUUUUAUUUUUUUUAAUAAAUUACAAACUGGAAAAUUAUUUAAAGUUAAAUUAAAUUUGUUAAUAAAAUGAUAUGAAAUAAAUAAGAGAAAAUUCAUUCAUUUAUAAGUUAUUACCAACUUACUUGUUUUCCAUUUUUCAUUUUUUCUUUUUUUUUGUCUUGAGAUGUUGGCUGUGUGAUUUUUUAGGUUUUCCGUGCAUGUGCGUAUUUGCAGGGAAAUAGGGGUUUUAUUUUUUUUAAUAAAUUACAAACUGGAAGUUCAUGAUUUCUAAUUAUUUUCUUGGACUAUUAAACUAAAUCCCAUUCUUUCAUAAUUUUGGUUAAACAAUGUUGGCUUUGUGUUUUAUAGUAAUAUAGUGCCCAGUUACAGCCUUAGACCAAAAAGAAUGGUUCUGUGUCUCUGAUGCAAGAAUUUUGUUAAUUCCAUUAUAAUUAUAGCUUUUAAAAAAAUAAUAAUAAAGAUUUUUAAACUUAAAUGUCAGUAUUAAAGAAAUCAAUAGCCGUAAGUAUGAAUGCUCAGUGUUGGUUUCAGAUAAUUUCUUCCAGGAGGGGGGUGCAGUUCAGAUUUUUGGGUAGGCAGUGCAAUUGAUGUAGCAAGAGGGUGGAAGGGUUGUCUGCCUUUUGUCCCUAUUUUCAUAUGGAAUGGUGGCAUUUUCAGACAACUGUAGGAUUUUUAAACAUGGAUAGAAGUACAGAAGAACUCUACGUUUGCCAAGUGUGACACUAGCUGCGCCACUAGGCAUAAAAAUUGAUGACCAGGGUUAACUAUACUGUCAUUUGUUUUGAAAGUGAGGCAUAAAUUGAGGGCACCGAUGGCCCCUGAAUGCAAUGUGGAAGUAUCCUAGGGAACCCAUCCCCAAAUGCCUAUUUAUUAUUAUAUUUCAAAAACCAGUAGUACAUUUUGAGAUUUUCCUUAUUGCAGUGUUUCUAUUAGAAAAUUUGAGUCUGUGCGUGUGUUUUUUUGGAGGUUUUUUUGGGGGGGGGGAUGGGUGAGGACAUUUUAAGCGAACAUAUGUAAAGUAGGCAUUGUGACGUCCAGUGCAAUACGCACAAUUAAUUUACUCUGGUUGUCACGAUCAAGGGUAAUCUUUUGGCACAAGUUUUGAUACAAUCAAGUACUUUCAAAUUGAAAUAUAAGAACAAAGUAUGCUAAACUUGAAUAAAUAGACAGUGACAGGACAAAACAUUUUGAUGUUUCAGCUUAGAUCCUUCAUUAGAAAACAAGACAAAAAUAAGUAUAACAAGUAUUAGAUUACAGUAAAACACAAAUUUUAGAGGUUUCCUUUUGUUGCCUUUUGAAGGCUCGAAGCCGAAACAACAAAAUCUGUUGUCCUGUCUAUGAAUUCAAGUUUAGCAUACUUUUUUUUUUAUAUAUUUCAUUUACACAACUUGAAUGCAGUCCAUCAAUUAUUAUCUUUUAUUUUAAAAUUGAUUGGCGAAAGGAAGUGGAAAAGCAGAAAAUGAGUGUGUCGAAGACUUAUAGGUAAUGUAAAAGUGAGGGAAGGGUCUGGGGACCGGACUCAUUUAGCUCCUCCCCAGAAAAUUUUUAAUAAAUUAUUAAUACAAUAAUGCAUUUAAUCACAUUGCAAUUUUAGUUUUGCAUCAUACUACACUUAAUUGGAGAGCAACAGUAGUGGUUCUGGUUAAAAAUGUGUUACUUAACAUUAGAGCCGUCAUAUGGGCCCUGCAACCAUGCACCCGCAGGAGGUCUUGGGUGUUAAGGGGCUCAUAGUUUUAAUUGCAACAACUUUUUAAUUAUUCCUUUGAAUACUUCAAAGUGGGGAGGGGGGACAAAUACAAAAAUUAUUUGGGGCCUGGAAAAGUCAAGCCACAGAUGCCGCUUCUUUUCCUUGUGAUAUAAAAAUAAUAAUUUUCUAUUGGGUAAUAAAUAUUUAUGCUUUUUUUUUUUUAAUUUAAAGUUUUUUUUUGUGUAAAGUACUUAAUAAGUAAAUGAAUUUUUAAAAGAUAUUGCAUCAAAACAAGGUGUCUAUCUUAGAAAGUACUGAUAACAUCAUUUUACAUGUUGAACGCAAAUAGACAACAACAAAAUAUCAACUAAUAAUUAACUUUUCUUUCCAAGUGUUACCAAUACCUGAGUCCAAAGAGAAAAUAAAAUGUUUUGCAGAAAUGUUCUAAAAAUGUAAUGAUUUUUUUUUCUUCAAACUUGGAAUGAUUUAUAAAUCGUAUAAGAAUGGCAUAAACAUGUUAAAUAGACGUGAAAUAUUUGCAAAAGACAUCUCACAUUAUAUAUUUAGUGUGUCAUUUUAUCUCAAGGAAAUUUUAUACAUACAUAUAAAGUAUACAUUACUCAAUAUUCCCUUGAUUGAAAUGUUUAUUUGGAAUUUCAAACAGCUAUAACUUUAUUUCAAUUAAUUGCAUGUUACCUGUAUGAUCUACUUUUUUUACAAAAUCAAUAUAACAUUUUAUAAUUGAAGGUUAAAAAAAAUUGUGCUCAAACCGGGUUGGGUUUGGGAUUCCAAAAAAGCGAAAUUGACAUGGUACCGGUACUGUAAAUGAUUUUUUUUUAAAUUUUCCUACUGGAUUCUAAUUUAAUUUUUUUUUUUAAUUGCAGCCUAUAAUUGACAUAGAAAAAGAAAACUCCAAGAAAACUGACCCAGAAAUUGCUUCAGCAGAUACCACGCUAUUGAAAACAGAUCAAAAUGAUGACGACAAAACUACCAAUUUAUCUGAUACAACUAAGGACAAAGUUAAGCCCACAAAGGAUUGAAAGCGGAGCCUGCUGAUAAAACUAGCAGAAAUAAGUGAUUUUGAGGCUAUCUUUUUGGAGAUUAAAAAUAGAGCAGAC